GCGACCUGUUGACGCUAGUCGGUUCGACAUUUCAUCGUGCUGGUUAUAACAGUAACUUCUUUGGGUUUGUUCAGACUAUUUAACACAUUCACUUACAUAGAGUCUACUGUUUGCCUAUGUGAUGUAGAUACGACAGCGGGUUUAUGUUUUGGAGUACCUAAUGGAUUCACAGGUACAAAAAUAGACGAAGACGACCUGACAGCGUGAUUAUAUACAAGCAGUCUAGUCAUGAAUUGACGAAUGUUGUUUACAUUUCCUGUGUAUUCAAUGGCGGAUGUGCGUGAAUUUCAACGAGGCAAGUUGCUACAUAUUGAAUAGGAAUCCAACAGUUUAACGGCAUGCCUGAACAGAGACGACAUGUUCUGUAUCCAUGGACGUACAGAAAGCACGCAUUGAACUUCUGAUGACUGAGAUCUAACAGCCAUGCAUGUUGAAAGGGUGUUUGUGAUCUGUCUACAUUUCUUCUUGGCUGUAUAUGGUGUCAGGACUGGAAACAGGUGUGUAGAGGAUUUGACAAAAGUCUUUGCAGUACAGCUUCAGUGUUCUGGCGGUGAAUGGAUACAAGUCUUGCACGAGGUGUAUGGGGAUGGAGAUGCAGCGACAUGUCGUCUGAAAUCUGCUGAGUCGUGUAGUAAGAAACUCGACAGCAGCCAGUCUGGCCUGGUCGUCAACUGUAAUGGGAAACAGUCAUGUUCUGAAGCCAUGCAGGUACAGACCAUCAACAACUGUAAUAUUACCGCUGCUGUUGUUGAAGUAAAGUACAACUGUAUCAAAGGUAGUAUGAACAUGUGUAGUCCAGUCACAACAACAGUAAACGGGUCGGUGUACCUCCAUUCUCCCGGCUUCCCUGACAGUGUCGGUGUGAACAGCAGCUGUGUUGUUAGGAUCACAGGGCAGACUUUACAAGUAACAUUGGUAGAGGAGCGGAUGAAGUCAGGGAUGCUUAACAUCUCAGGUGACGGGAGACAACUCUGGACAAACGUGAACGUGAACCAGUACAACAGGGUAUUACCUGGAACAGCUGCCGAAAUAGUUAUAGUCUACGAUAACCAUGAUCAGGAUGGAUCAAAUGUAUGGAUACGUGUUGCAGGUUCAGGCCGAAUGAACAUAACGAUCAGCAGAGAAAUACUGGAUGCAUCAACCACACCUACGUCAUCACAUCAGCCGCCACGUUCACAGAGUGCAUCAGGUCCAAGUACUUCGGACACACCAACAACUGAAACAACGACACGUGUACAAUCUACAUCUAUUGUUGCAGCGUCCUUUACGACCGUUACAUCUACGCGUGGACAUACUACUCGUUCAACAAGGAAUAUAGCAACCCAGUUGACUUCCACGUCAACGAUGGUAUCAACAACAGUUUCAACAACAGACACAACGUCCUUUACGACCGUUACAUCUACGCGUGGACAAACUACUCGUUCGACAGGGAAUAUAGCAACCCAGUUGACUUCCAAGUCAACGAUGGUAUCAACAGCAGUUUCAACAACAGACACAAGAAACAGUGAGGAUAUUGUGACAGCCUUGGCAGUGGUGUGUGGUAUUCUGGUGCUCAUCAUUGUAGUCCUCGUCAUAUACUUCAUGGUGGUGAAGCCAUUCAGGAAGAAGCAUGACACUUCAUCGAAUACUGGAACGUCUGUUGGCCAUGAUGAACCAAAUGUCUACGAUGGUAUACAACGCAACACAGGCGUCGCUGGUGACGAACAUAAUUACGGCCACAUAACCAGCAGUGAAGGGCAUUUCUAUGCUAACUCUGUUAGUGGAGAUGAUCCAUAUGUCAACACCUAGACGUUAGUUCUACUCAGUAGUAGAUUCAAUCAUACAGUACAACAUGAAAUUAUAAAUUUGUAAAUUUUAAAAAAACUUUCACUCAUUACUCACGUAUUAUAUGUGAAUACUAGCAGAACA